AUGUCGCAGCAAGAUGUCUGCAGCUGCGUGGAGAAGUGCAUCGGAUUCGGAUUUCCCAUCUCCUCUAUGAUGCGAAAUUCAGGCUUUCCGGUCGCAGGUUCCAUGGGGAAUCUCAAGACGUGGGCUGAUACCUUCAAGCCCACAUGCACGUAUGUAUGA